AAACAAAACCAUUCUUCUGCUAGAUAUUUGUAUUUUGGACUCCCCGAAUCAUAUUUUGUAAUCCCCCAAAUUUGAUCUGUGAUAGACAUUUUGAACGAUUCAUGUUGGGAAAUAGUGAAGGCCUCAUUUUCAUAGAGCAGUAUGCCAGCAAGGUGACAUACUACACUUCACAGUAUGGAAGUAUAAAUGGAGUGUCUUACACAGCCAACAAUUUAAUCGGUCCUCCUUCUCGAUAUCCGGCAUAUGGAGAUUUUCCUGAAACCUACGUUCCGAGAACAUAUGGGCCAUGGUGGAAAGAAACAUUAGUAAUUUCACCUUCUAAAGGAAAAACUGAAGUUCUCAUAACAGGACAGGAUUUUGUUGAUAUCCUGUUUCAAAAACCUGUCUAUCCAUACUGUGUAAAUGUAUAUGAAACAUAUAACUCUGGUUGUGUGAGGCGACUGUGGGCUGGUGAUGGCCAAGGAAAUUGGAAAUUGUUUCAUGAAAAUCAUAUGAAAAAGUCUCUGAAGCAUUCACAGAUAUUUUCUUCUGAACCUCAUCAUCUACAGUUUCUGACUAGCAUUAUUAGAGUUGAAAUAGACAGCAGUUUGGCCGAUUAUUAUCCAGAGAUCGAUGCUGUUCUUCUGGUUGGAACAGAAACCUAUCCUCCGUUUGAAGAAUCGCUUAAACUUUGUGUCACAGGAUUAUCUACGAAAAUUAUUGGAUUGGGGCUCCAUCGUUUAGUGCCAGGCUUCAAUGCAAUCGAAAGUAUACAACGGCUCUGUUUUAAGUACCAAGUCCCAGCGCAAUCCUCAACUAUUUGCCAUCUCAGUAAAUUACCCGAAGAAAUUUUACGCAUAAUACUCUCAUUUUUGGAUCUUCACAGCUUGUGCUCUUUAGCAUGCGUCUCGACCUCAUUCAAUAAAAUAUGCAAGGAUUCGGUGCUCUUCACUUCAGUGAAUUUAAAACCAUAUUGGUAUUGUGUCAAUCUUUCAUCAUUAGAAUGGCUGACUGUUCGAUGCCAGUGUCUGCAGUAUUUGGACAUGUCAUGGUGUGGAAACUACGGAAAAUUGAGUUCAACUGAUUUUUCAUGGUUCAUCAAGCAAUUUGGAAAGCGUUUGCGAAUUUUGCGCUUAGAGAAUUGCACUUUUCUAAAUAAUGAAGUUCUUUACUGGAUUUCAACCUGCUGCCCUUGUUUACAAGAGUUGAAUUUACGGGGAUGCCGUGAUUUAGAGUCAAAUGCGUUUUGGCAUUUGGGAAAAUUACACAUGAUGGAACGAUUAAUAUUGGAUAAUACGCAGAUUGAGUUGCCUACUCUUCUAGUCAGUUUGCAAUCGAUGACGUCGCUUUCUCACCUUUCACUUGGCGCUUGUCAAAAUCUUGCCCUUUCCGGAUCACUAGAUGAGAUUGUUCGCUGGCUAAAUCGACAUAGGCCGGGUAUUAUUUCCCUUGAUUUAUGGAGAAAUGGUCAUCUGUCAAAUCACGGAAUGGAAGUUCUAGUUGGACUUGGAAAUUUAAGGGAACUUGACAUUGGCUGGUGUGGUCUACCACCGAAUGGUAACUGGAUAUCCCUACUAGCCAAUCGCUGUCGAUCUUUGGAAAAAUUGUUCCUGACCGCCGCUAGAACAGCCAAAGACACUGAUUUGAUAGCUAUUGCGCAAUUUUGCCCUAAUUUAAGACAACUCGAUUUGCUGGGCAACAGCUACAUAACAUCGGAAGGAUGUUGCAGAAUACUAGAUCAAUGCCGAAAGCUGCAGUUACUGGAUGUUAGCUACUGUUGUCAGAUCGACGCGGGGCAUGUAUCAAAUUGGAGACGAACAUAUCCUCAUGUUAGUAUCAAGCGUAUAUUUAUCAACGAAGAAGAUUAAUUAUAAAAUUUUUUUAUUUGAAAAAUCUCGAAUGGUUUUACAAUAAUUGCCAAUAGUUUUGUGUGUGCCCGAAUAGCCAUAUCACCUAAAAGUGCCCAAUUUAAUAAUUUACAGAAUAUUAUUCUGCAACUCGCGUGUCUAAACAAUGGAAGUAAAAGCAAACAAUCUUGAA